AUGUCUUUCACCAAGUACAUUCUGCCUGCUCUGGCAGCGACUCAGCUCGCCUUUGCCAAGUCCGACGACACCUGCAGUACAGAUACCACUAUCUCCUCCCAGAGCGAUGCCGAUGCCAUCGCCAGCUGCUCCGUCUUCGACGGUGAUCUGACCAUCAAGAAGGACUUCUCCGGUGUCUUGUCUCUGGCUGGUAUUGAAAAGAUUACUGGUGCUCUCUCUUGCACUGGUGGCACUAAUGUCACCAGCAUCACCGCCGCCAACCUGGGUUCCAUUGGCAAGGCUUUCACCCUCAGCAGCCUGACCCAGCUCUCCACCCUCAGCUUCGCAAACCUCUCCUCCGUUGGCUCUAUCUCCUGGGAGGCUCUCCCCGAGCUUUUGUCUCUGGAUUUCUCCACUGGUGUCACCGAGGCUGGUGAUGUCAGCAUUGUCAACACUGGUUUGACCUCCCUCGGCGGUAUCUCCCUUAAGACUGUCGGUCUCUUCGACAUUGAGAACAACCGUGGCCUGAAGACCGUCAACAUCAACAACCUGAUGAACGCCACCGAUCUGAUCAACUUCUCCGGAAACUACGACCAGCUCGAGAUCGAUCUCCCCAACCUCGGCACCGGUACCAACCUUACCCUCCGCAACAUCUCCAGUGUUUCCGUUCCCUCCCUCGAGAAGCUGACCGGUCAGCUCGGUUUCUGGGGCACUGAUUUCAAGUCCUUCUCCGCUCCCAACCUGACCGCUACCGGUGACAUUGUCUUCAUGGACAACGCCAAGCUUACCAACAUCAGCUUGCCCGUCCUCAAGACCAUCAAUGGUGGUUUCUCCAUCAGCCGUAACGACAAGCUGGACACCAUCUCCACCCCCAAGCUCGAGACUGUCACUGGUGCCAUUGACUUCACCGGUACCUUCAACACUGUCGACCUUGGCUCCCUUGAGCGCGUUGCUGGUGGAUUCAACCUGCAGAGCACUGAGGGCAAGUUCGAAUGCUCCACCUUCAAGACCUUGCAGAGCGAGGGUGUCAUCAAGGGUACCUACAGCUGCAAGGCUACUACCAACAACCCCACCACCUCCAGCGGCAAGUCCGGUACUUCCUCUUCCACCACCUCCAGCUCCACCGCUGCCGCUAGCACCAGCACUGGUGCUGCCUCUAUCAACGGUGUUGCCGUGCCCGUGGCCGGUGUCGCUGCCGCCUUCUAUGCCUUCGCUCAGCUUUUGUAA